UUUAAAAAUCAGACAAGAAAGCUUUGUUAAUGGAUCAAAAUCCUGAAAUACAUGAUUGCAUUGAAAAGUUUGAUAUAAAAAUAAAAUCUAAACCAAAGGAUGGUGUUAUAUUACAACUUCAUCACACAGUUCGUAGCUCCAAUGGAGAGAGUCGACGAAUUAGAUUUUCAACAGCUUCGUUUAAUGAUGCACGAGAAAAAUUAGCAUGCGCCGAUAAUGUAGGAAACAUUUUCAUACUAGAUUUCGCAGAUUUAAAGUUUUGGAAACUCACUAGUGAAGGUCCUUGUACAGCAUUGCAUUUUUUCCCUCAUAAAUCCGACGUAUUAAUUGUAGCUAACAAAAAAUAUGAUAUUAUUUUUCUGGAUGUUGAAUGUGGUACCAUAUCACUUACACUUUCAGGGCAUAGUGCGCCGGUCAAACAUAUUUCUUUCUCAAAUAACAAAAUGAAUAAUCUACUCACAGCAAGUGCAGUAGAAGCUAUUUUAUGGGAGCUCACCAAUUAUACGAAAUAUUUCACUUUAAACACAUACACUGGUGCGCAAAUACAACAGAUAAUGUUUACUCCGGCAGGAGAUUACCUGGUAUCCUGUUUUCAGAAUGAUACAAUCCAGAUAUGGAGACAUGAAACUAUGAAAUCAGUCAAACAAAUUAUUCCAAGUGAAUUAAAGCAUAUGAAAAGCAUAGCAUUCACCAUGAAUGGUAGGGCUAUGGCAAUGGCAGGUUUAUCUCCGAUUUUAAUUUUGUUUAGCAUGGAUACUUGGAAGGCAUUAAAAUCCAUCAAUCUAUCAAAAUACAAUAUUUCUGGUGUCCAACAUAUAUCAUUUAUACCACAAGUUUUUGAUGGAGGUUCAAAUAAGAUUCUUGGCAUGUUAAGCAGUGAUUGUAUCCUCUAUUUUAUCAAUGUUGAUUCACUUAAAAUAAUUCAUGCAAUAUGUAAUGAAUCAUCAGCAAUAAGAAAUUUUGUAGUAAGCCCUACUGGUAAAUAUUUUCUAAGCACAUUACAGUUGGGUGAAGUCAACAUUUACAAUUCAUCCUAUGUUAUGGACUUAGCUCUUGAAUCCAAGGAAGAUGAAGAUACACCAAGUACUUCUUUACCUGAUGCCAGAUACACCAAAUAUGCUAAUCACAAAAAACCAACAAAGUUUGAAGUUGAAAGAAGAAUGCGCACUUGUAUGGACAGUGCAAGACUGAGAAGAAUUCUAAUGCAGUAUGGAGAAUAUCCAGAAAAAUUUAGAUCUGUUAUUUGGCGCUCAUUAUUAGAUACUCCUAAAAAUAAGCUUGCUUAUUCGAGCCUAGUUGACAAAGGUAUUCAUCCAGCAUACAAAGAUAUUGAAAAACAAUUUACAAUUCAUAGCUCUAUGACCCUUAAGAGUUUAAAGAGACUGCUGUCCUGUCUUGCCCAUUGGUGUCCAUUGUUUGGAGUACUUAAAUUUCUCCCGGGCUUCGUAUUUCCCUUCGUAAAAGUUUUGCAAAAAGAUCCACUGUUGCUAUUUGAAUGUGUUGCAACAGUCCUAAUUAAUCAAUGUCAACUUUGGUUUGAGUAUGCUCCAUUUCCUCCCUUGAGCAUUUUGGCAAUUAUUGAAAAUAUUCUGGCGGAACACGAUCCGCAAUUAUUAAAUCACUUUUGCCACCUUGGAGUUACAAGUCAAAUCUAUGCCUUGAGUAUUUUAGAAACUGCUUUCAGUGAGGUAUUGACUUGUUCAGAGUGGCUCAUACUCUGGGAUCAUAUUAUCAGUAAUGAACCAGCAUUUAUUCUUAUGGCUGUUGUAUCAUACAAUAUAAUUCAGAAAAACGUAAUAAAGAGAUUAAAAUCACACGAAGAUUUAGAAAACUUUUUUCACAAGCAAAAUCCUAUAGACAAGAAGAUAUUUAUAAAGAAGGCUUACAUGUUAUUAAAUGAAACGCCGGAAGAUAUUCAUCCUAGACGUUUUUUUAAGACAUUUACAUCAUUAGAAAAAGGCCUUUGUUACCAACAAUUUACAGGUUAUCCUAAAGCAACAAUCUGUUUAAAAAUAGCUAGAAAAGAGAAAAAGAAAAAUAAGAGGGAAAACUACACUUUGAAAGAAUUAACGACACAAAGCCAACGAAGAGAAAUCUAUAAUAGAGUACAUAGUGAAUCGGAAACUAAAUCAGCAAUUAGUGAUGAAGACCACAUAAGUAAAAAUAAACAUGACCAUGCACACAACAGAGGUGAUUAUACGAAAAAUAAAGUAAAACAUGACUUGAUAGAAAGCAUUUUAUAUCCAACAAGUAUACACACGAAGAAAUCUCACAAAACUUCUUUAAAAUCUAAUAAACAUGAUGAAAAAGGAGAAACAAUGUCAAGAAGCAAGAAAGAAACUAAGCAUAAUCAAUUAGAAAAAGAAAUUGAGAAACUGUUGCUCAAUUGCAGAAAUACGGAAUCUUCUGGUAGUUAAAUUAAUAAAUCAGAUGAAAAUUCGAAGAAAACAAAUAAUUACGUU